CCUCCCCUCCUUCUUAAUCCCUCAGAUUGUCGGCGACUUGCUGCAGUCGAUGCUGCAGUUCUGCGCCGCUCCUGCACCGGCACAGCUGACUCAAUGAGAAAGACAUGCUCGCCUUCGUUUUGGUCUCUGGGUCGCUGUGGAUUAUUUUAGAGCUGAGUUCCACCCUGAUGGAGAAGAUGCAGGCCCAGGAGAUGAUGAGCGGCCUGAGAAUAAAGGACAUAGAAGACAAGGGGCAGUUCUUCCGCUACAUGCCGACCACCACGCUGGUGGGCAUCGGCGCUCUGACCGCCGUGCUGGCGUACUGGUUGGCCACCAGGCCGCGGCCCAUCCAGGCCCCCUGCUCCCUGCUGCACCAGUCCGAGGAGGUCCCGCAGGAGGACGGAGGUCGCCGCUCCAUGAUUGGCGACAGCUCCAAGCUGCUGAGUCAUUACCACGACGACGCCAGGACCAUGUACGAGGUCUUCCAGAGGGGCCUCCACAUAUCUGGGGACGGGCCGUGCCUGGGCUCCCGCCUCCCCGACCAGCCGUACAAAUGGAUCUCCUACAAAGAGGUGACGGCCCGCGCCGAGUACCUGGGCUCCGGCCUGCUGCAUCAGGGCUGCCGGCCCGACCCCUCCCAGUUCAUCGGGGUGUUCGCCCAGAACCGGCCCGAGUGGAUCAUCUCAGAGCUGGCCUGCUACACCUACUCCAUGGUGGUGGUUCCGCUGUACGACACGCUGGGCCCCGACGCCAUCCGGUUCAUCAUUAACACCGCCGACAUCUCCACGGUCAUCUGCGACAAAGUGGACAAAGCCCAGGUGCUCCUGGACAACGUGGAGCGCAAGGAGACGCCCGGCCUGCGACGGAUCAUCCUGAUGGACGGCUUCGAGUCCGACCUCGUGCGGCGCGGCGAGGGCUGCGGCGUCCUGGUGCAGGCCAUGCAGGAAGUGGAGGCCCUGGGGAGGGACCACUGCAGAACGCCUGUACCGCCAGCACCGGACGACCUGUCCAUCGUGUGUUUCACCAGUGGGACCACAGGGAACCCAAAGGGAGUGAUGCUGACUCACGGCAACGUGGUGGCAGAUUUCUCGGGCUUCCUCAGAGUGACAGACAAAGUCAUUUUUCCCAACAAAGACGACUGUCUCAUCUCCUUCCUGCCGCUGGCUCACAUGUUCGAGAGGCUCAUCGAGUCGGUGGUCUACUGCCACGGGGGACGGAUCGGGUUCUAUCAGGGCGACAUCCGUCUCCUCCCGGACGACAUGAAGGGCCUGGGGCCGACCAUCUUCCCCGGGGUGCCGCGGCUGCUCAACCGCAUGUACGACAAGAUCUUCAGCCAGGCCAACACCCCCCUGAAGCGCUGGCUGCUCAACUUCGCCGCCAGGAGAAAAGGCGCCGAGGUCAGCAGCGGGAUCAUCCGCAGCGACAGCGUCUGGGACAAAAUCUUCUUCAGUAAGAUUCAGGCCAGCCUCGGAGGACGACUCAGGAUGAUUGUAACGGGGGCGGCUCCGACCUCGCCGAGUGUCCUGGGAUUUCUCAGAGCAGCUCUGGGAUGCCAGGUUUAUGAGGCGUACGGCCAGACAGAGUGCACAGCUGGCUGCACCUUCACCACACCUGGAGACUGGACCCCAGGUCACGUGGGGGCCCCGCUGCCGUGCAACCUCAUCAAACUGGUGGAUGUUCCUGAGAAGAACUACUUCGCCUCCAAGGGAGAGGGAGAGGUCUGUGUGAAGGGGCCGAACGUGUUCAAGGGAUACCUCAAAGACCCGGAGAGGACGGCCGAGACGCUGGACGCGGCCGGCUGGCUUCACACCGGAGACAUCGGCAAAUGGCUGCCCACUGGCACGCUGAAGAUCAUCGACAGGAAGAAGCACAUCUUCAAGCUGGCGCAGGGCGAGUACAUCUCCCCCGAGAAGAUCGAGAACAUCUACAUCAGGAGCGAGCCCGUGGCGCAGCUCUACGUCCACGGGGACAGCCUGAAGUCCUGUCUGGUGGGCAUCGUGGUCCCCGACCCUGAAGUCAUGCCUGAGUGGGCCAAGAAGAAAGGCAUCUUCGGCACCUACAAGGACCUCUGUAAAAACACGGAACUGAAGAAGGCCGUCCUGGAAGAUCUGGUGCGUCUGGGCAAAACCAGCGGCCUCCACUCGUUUGAGCAGGUGAAGAACAUCUACAUCCACAGCGAGAUGUUCUCCAUCCUGAACGGCCUCCUGACUCCCACGCUGAAGGCCAAGCGGCCCGAGCUGAAGGAGUUCUUCAAGGAGAAGAUCGACCAGCUCUACGACAGCAUCUCCAUGUGAAGGCCGGGCGACCUCCUCUUUGUUCGCCUGCGGUGGGACAAAGACGCGACACCCGAGGCGUUACCUGCUCCUGGAAACGCAAGCCAGACCCUGUCCCGCUACGGGAGAUUUAAGACGCCCGGAUCAAAACAAAUCAAAGGAAUAAAGUGGAAUUCGACACACAUUCUAAUGUGCGUUUGCUUUUGUAUGUAUGCCUUCUCUGUGCAUAUGUUCAAAAGGAAAUGGUUGAGCCUGUUUGUCGGGAUUGACACGAUGUUCCAUGAUGCCGCAUGAAGAACAAAUCAAGGAACAGGCGUUUCAGUGUCAACUCCAUUAACAAGUUUAACAAGGUGUAUUUCACUUUAUCUCUUAGUUUGAUUUGUUCAAUUUAAAGCUACUGUAGGGAACUUCUAACUGGUCCUGAACCAGUCUCAGUUUAGUCCUGAUCCUCUGUAGACCUCCACCAGUAAACCAGACCACCAGAGAGGAGAUGGUCUGUUUCUGCAAGAGUUCUUCUUGAUGAUGUCAUCGGUGCCACCGGGUCAAACUGGUGAAACCAGAGGACGUCGUGCAGGUUCACCAGAACUCCAGCAGAGACCAGUCCACCGGGGGCAGACCCAGAUCUGGCACCGCAGCCUUGGACCUGAGAGGAGGAGCUCCGGAGGGGGGAAGGCAGCUCAGCUCCUGGCAAAAAACGGCAGCGUCUCCUCCUCCUCCUCCUCUUCCUCCUCCAGGUGCAGAGCUUCUCCUCUCUGGAGACCCAGGACGUACUGCUGAACCCGCCGGAGGGAAUGGAGGCCCAGGAGAACAAGGACCAGGCCUGAGGGGUCAGAGUGUCAGACCUCCGUAAGACGAGAGGUUUUCUGAAGGGACUCAAGGAAACAUCUACAGGGUCCCUAAAAUCAACACGGACUAGAAGUUCCUCGUAGUAGCUUUAACCCUUUUAAAUCUGACUUAAAUCCAUUCCUGCUCUCCACCCAAACACACCAUCACAUGCUCCGUCCCCAGCAGCACCUUUACGUUGAACAAUCCUCCUGCACUUCUUCUUCUGUUUAAACCCACCAGCCAAACAAAACCUUAAUCCACAUUUGUGCGACAGCAAGAGUGAUGUCUUUGUGUAAGCGCAGGAGGUGUCUUGCCUAACUAACCUUGUGGGACGGAAUAAUGGACUUCACCCUUUUAAUCGAACAAGCAUCGGGGCCUGAUGCACCCAACACAACAAAGCGCACACCUUCCACCCCAGACGUCGUGCAGUUUGACCCCAAGCCACGCCGCCGCCGCCGCCGCCGUGUCCGCGGUCACAGUUGAGAUGACAAGACGGAGAGAGCAGCAGCUCCCGCCUGACGUAACCGCCGCUGUCUCAAAACCCACGCUUUCACACGAGUUCAACGCCACGUGUUGGCGCGCCUCUCGGCGGCUUAGCGUCGCAUGCUCCUCGCUUGAAGUGACGGACUGUGACGACCGCCAGGGUUGGCACUCUGCGGUCGGCUCAAUCGCACCUUUCUUUUCAUCCGUCUCUGCACAAAUAGUACGUCAGGUGAAAGACAUUUUAAAAAGAAUU